AUGAUUACUGAAACAACAGGUCAAGAAUACUCGUCAUUGCAUUUCCUGCCAUGUCUACCAAUCCGACCCAGUGUGAUUAAUCUGCUGUGUCAGUCGGCUAUCUUAAGGAGCCUCCUGCUGCUAGUCUAUGACCCAAAAGGAGCAGCCAUACACAAUGCGGUUCCGCGACUUGGCCCUUUUCUGAAGCAGAAAGUUUGGCUAUCUCAUAAAGUCCAAAUUCUUGGUCAGACUGGCCCAUCGCUUGGCACUGUGCAUAUUGAAUUCGGUGUUUGUAACUUGGAGAUUGUACGCAACGCCUGGUGGCCAAGGAACGGCCGAUACCGAUGGGUAUCGACUGUGCAGCCAGACUCAUUCAUCCUUUUCUUCUGCAUGGUUGUCAUAGUCUUCAUCUUCCUCGUGUGUGUGGGGGGACUCCACGAAUCACAGCAAGAUCUGGCCAGUACCAGGUAG